AUGCACGAGAGCUGGUAUGAUGGGGACACGCAGCUGGAACCGGCGUACGCCUUCGAUCGCGGCCUGCAGAUCGAGGGCCUGCCCGGCGGCGACGACGUUCACCCAUUGCUGCGUUCCUGGAACAGCUCCGCCUUCCAGGUGGGCUCUGGGGCCUCCCGCCUCACCAUGCUGGGCGGGCCAGGCAGCGCGGUAGGCUGGCACCGCCACGGCUCCUCAGCGCAGAUGAUGCCGCACGGCCGGAAGAGGUGGUUCUUCUAUCCGCUGGACAGGUACCCGCCCGGGGACGGGCCCGGCGGCGGUUUCGCGCUCUCAGACUGGCUGCGGGUGGUCUAUCCAACGUUGUCGAGGGACCAGCGGCCGCUGGAGUGCAUCCAGCUGCCUGGAGACACCGUCUACGUGCCAGAGGGUUGGUACCACGCCGUCCUCAAUCUUGCAGAUUCCGUGGCCGUGGCGGUGCAGAACGACCACUUCGUCGACAGGCCCACCGAGGCCCUGAAGGGCGUCUCUCUCGGGCACGUGCGCCACAUGAGGCAGGCCCAGCCUGAGCUGUUGACUGCCCUGGUGCGGGAGGCACGGGAGCUCAUGCGCCGCUACCCCGACAGCGACCUGCACGCGCGGAAGGUGAUGUUCUACGCGGCCAUGGACACGAGCCACGAGGAAGCCGUCGAGGCGGUGCUCGGGGGGACGGCCCGGGACCCCUUCCACGUCCCCAUGCAGUACGAGAUGGCGGUCUGGCUGCACGGCCGGGCGAAGGGCGGGGACGAGCUCGCGUUGCGCACGUUCCAGAGGGUCAUGGAGGUGUGGGACGUUGCGGCGGAUCUUUUGAAGAACACGAGGAAUCUGAAGGCAUUGUGGAUCCUGGACAGAUAUUACGGGCUCGUGGGGCAGAAGGACUUGUCACGGCACUACCACGCGCGAUUAGUUGAUCUGCAUUCUCGGGGCAUCGACCGUUGA